AUGCUCUCCCCUUUCUCCCACGAAAACCCCCCUUGCCUUCCACCACUGGGGCCCCCGCUCUCUCCGCCGCCGCCGCCGCCCAAGCUUCCCCCGCCGCUGUCUCUGCCUUUCGCUUCCGCAUUCUCUUUCGCCUUCCCAUUCCGCCGAACUAGGCACAAAACAAGCACCGCCGCCACCAGGAUCAAAACCACCAAUCCGGCCGCGCUUGGAGCAAUGAUUCUGAUCAGCUUGCUCCGCCGCCGCUUCCACGGCGAUGAUUUUGAACCAGCUGCGAAUUCGAAUUCGAAGCUUUCUCGACGGGAGGGAGCUCGAGGGAGGAGGCAGUUGAGGUUUUCCGGUUCACGGCGUUUGAGGAAAUCGGAAAGGCGGCAGCUUUCGACCUUGACAUGGAUGAACGGGAUGCUUUCCCCGAACCUGUCGAUGAGCAAAUUGCCCGGAUUCGUCCUGCAGGGGAAGCUGGUGAAGAUGAUGCAGGCGGCGGCUCUCCGCUGCAUUUGA